CCCAUCAUGCAUCAUCCAACAUGGCAGCGCAGAGCGACGUGGACGAGUUGUUCGAGAUUCGCAAUGCUUUUUACUUGGGAAACUUCCAACAUUGCAUCAGUGAAGCACACAAAUUGAAGCCCUCAACAUCAGAUCUCAAGGUAAUGCGAGAUGUCUUCAUGUACAGGGCUUACAUUGCUGGGCGUAACUAUGGCGUUGUGUUGGAUGAGGUGAAAUCUUCCUCGGCUCCUGAGCUGCAGGCAGUGAAGAUGUUUGCUGACUACAUGGCCUCGGCAAACAAAAGAGAAAAGAUUCUUGCUGAUCUCGACAAGAAGAUGAGCUCUAGCUUGGACGUCAACAAUGACACAUUCCUUCUGAUGGCAGCAUCCAUCUACUAUCAUGAAGAGAACUUUGAUGCUGCCUUGAGGUGCCUCCACCAGUCUGAGUCUCUUGAAUGCCUAGCCCUGACCAUUCAGACCUGCCUCAGGAUAGAUAGAGUUGACCUCGCCAAGAAGGAACUCAAGAAGAUGCAGGAGAAGGAUGACGAUGCCACACUGACGCAGAUGGCCCAGGCAUGGUUCAACCUGGCUGUGGGAGGUGAGAAGCUUCAAGAUGCAUUCUACAUCUUCCAAGAGCUUGCCGAUAAAAAUGCCAGUACGCCACUUCUCCUGAACGGCCAGGCAACUGCAUACCUGCAGCAGGGCAAGAUAGAAGACGCAGAAAGUAUACUGCAGGAAGCUUUAGAAAAGGAUAGCAACAACCCAGAAAGUCUUAUCAACAUGAUUGUCCUGUCCCAACAUCUUGGCAAGGCGCCAGAGGUCAGCAACAGAUAUAUCUCCCAAUUGAAGGAUUCCCAUGCGAGUCACCCAUUCCUUAAGGAUUACCUUGCUAAGGAGGCAGAGUUGGAUCGUUUAGCCAAACAGUACGUCUCAGCAUCUGCAUGAGGUAGGGGACCAGACCGCAGCCAAUCUACAAACCACCACUGACUGACCUGGUUAAUACAUACAUGUACCGUUAUACUUGUUCACCCGUAGUUACGAAAGAAAAUCUUACCCUUGAUAACAUUGACGGUGUAGAUCGGGGGGCACCUGGAAAAAUUCCUAAGGCUAUGGGCGCUACAUGUCACUGUUGUAGCUUACCUGCAGCUUUGAUCUAAAGAGCUAGGACAAAUAUUAUGGCAUCUGGUUACUGAAUUUGUAAAGAAUCAUCGUAGCAACCGUGUGAGCAAAAAGCAGAAGAUUGGUAAUAUUUCUCUACUUCCAACAGAGAAGUACAAAGAGUGCUUGUUGAUUUAUACACAUACUUGUCCAUUUUUCUUUAGCAAUCCCAGGAAAGAUGCUUUGAUUUAAUCCCCCAUCUGUAGAAGAGCGAACCAGUCACGACUUGCCCUGAAAACCCUUAAUAGAAAUCCAACGAAGCCUUUUAGUUGGUUUUGAGAGCUUAAUACCAACCCCCCAGACACACUGGAUUUGAUUACAUGGCCGAUAAAAUCCACGACUCUCCGCGACCACUUUCUGGCAACCUGUGUCAACAGGUUUUUGGUUUUUAUUUCCCCCACAGUUUUUUUUUGUUUGAUUUUCCAAUGGAAGAUCUGAGAAGAAAAUGUUUACAAAAAUUGUGUUUUUCCCCUAUCGCCUGUUUUUCCUGCAUUUAUUGUUUGGACGAGGUAUGUGAAACAUUGUUAUGAUUUCAAUUGUACAUUUUACCAGUAAUAACCUUUUUGAGGGUUUUGCUAUAUUAUUGCAAACGUAUUAAUUUUAUAUUGUUCCAGCCUGUACACUUUUUGCUUGAAGUAUUUGCUUGGGAUAAGAUCAAGGUUGUAGGAUACAGUAUCGAUUCUUUUAGCAAUUGUUAGUCAUGGGUCUUGGGCCUUUAUCAAUAACCUGAGAAGUGCAUGUUUUGGGGUCUCAUAGUUGCAAACCUGAUCCUGUUGAACUGCAUGUAUCUCUCUCGACAUAUGUGUUGUUGACGUAGUUUCAGACUACCAGUUAUUCACACGUGGUUCCGUGACGCACGCCAAUUUCUUUUCCCACUCGGUGGGGUUAUGCCAUAGUCCCAUCAUGAAAUAAGUGCUUGUUUCUGCUUUUGGGGUCAUGGAUAACUCAAAAUGUACGUGUAUUUCCUUGGUAUUUCAUCAUGCUCUUUCCUUAUUUGGAGUGAGUAGUGCACCCCGUCUGUAUAGUCGAUAUUACGUAAUCAUUUCGAGCCUCUCGACGAAUCAGAACGCUGGAUUUGGCCUCAUUAGCAUAAUUUGUCGACUAUACAGACGGGGUGCACUACUGGAGUGUAAAGUUAAUACUUGUCCAGCAUUGUUCUCAUUGAAGAAAUGGGACAAAUAAAACGCCUGCAGUAAAGCGGCUCAAGUUUGUGAA